AUGGCCUUUGCCGCCUGCCUGGCUGAGCUCCAAGCAGAGGCCAGCUGCCCCCUCUGCCUGGACUACCUGAGACACCCAGUGACCCUGGACUGCGGCCACAACUUCUGUGGCUCCUGCAUCCGGCAGCGCUGGGAAGACCUCCAGGACAUCUUGCCCUGUCCCGUGUGCCUCCAGCACUGCCCCGCCGGGAGCCUCAAGAGGAACACACAGUUAUGUCGCAUGGUGGACAUUGUCAAGCAGCUUCCCGCCGAGAGAGGCCCAAAGCAGGAGGAAGGGGCCCUGUGUGAGAAGCACUGUCAGGUGCUGAGCCUGUUCUGUGAGGAGGACCUGCAGCUGCUGUGUCCCCAGUGCGGGGUGUGCUCUGACCACCGCGACCACCCGCUGACGCCCCUUGGGCCAGCUGCAGCCAGGCACAGGCGGCAGCUCAAAAGCUACAUGGAGCUUCUGAAGCAUCAGGUUGAAGUGGCUGAAACAGAGUGUGAAAUGCAAAUUUGCAGAUCCAUUGAACUGAAAUGGAAGAUGGAAAGCUGCAGGGAAGAAUCACGCCCUGAAUUUGAGGAACUUGGAACUUUCCUGAGAAAGGAGCAAGGGGCGAUUCAAGCCCGGAUGCUCAUAGAGGAGAAGAUCAUAGGCGGAAAAAUCGUGGAAAACAAGAGCCGGCUGUUAAGCCACCUGUCCACGCUGAAGAAUCUGCUCAUUGAAAUCCCAGAGAAGUGUCUGCAGGGAGACCUGGAGUUACUGACUAGCGUCAAGAGGCUCCAGAGCAGGUGUGAGCUCCUGCAGUCUCCAGCAGUGAUUUCCUAUGAACUCCAGCGAGAGAGCUGCCCGCUCCCUCCGCAUUACUUGGGCCUGCAAAACAUCAUGAGCGCCUUCCAGGAAGACUUGACCCUAGAUCCGGCAAAGGCCCACCCAGGCCUUAUUGUGUCCCAGGACAGAAAAAGUGUGACAGUGAGAACACUGCCGCCAGGCGGCCUCGGGGGCACCCGGGGUGCUCCUUCUCACCCAGGGGUCCAGAGUGCGGAGGGCUUUGAUGCUGGCAGGCACUUCUGGCAGGUGGAAGCCAGAGGCACAAGGGCCUGGUGCCUAGGUGUGUGCAAAGAAUCCUUCUGCACCAAGGCUCCGCGGUCACCGUGCCCGGGCCCUGUGUGCUGGCAGUUUCAGCCCUCGCUGUGGGCGCGGGGUCCGUGGGACCCAGAGCAAGUUGUGCGGAUUGGGGUUUUUUUGGAUUAUGAGUUGGGGGAGCUUUCUUUUUUUGACCUGAAUCGCAGGUGCUAUUUGUAUACAUUCACUGACCUAUUCACCGAAAAACUGAUGCCCUAUUUCUCCUUUGGGCCUUCCUCAAAACCCCUGACACUCAGCUUAUUGUCUUAG